GGGCGGCGUGGGGAGGAGAGCGGCGGGAUGAGCUGGGCGCGGGGCGGCUGGCGGUGAGGCGGCGGGCUCGGCGCAGGGGCCCUGGAGCCGGCGGCCCCGCACUUCUGACUCGCGUGUCUUUGCAGGGCGCGGUGCACCUUGCGCUUGGCCGGCCCCCGGAGGUGGCUGGCGGGGCGGCGUGACCCUGAGGGCUCAGCUAAGGAGGAUCCAGAGGGCGAGGGAGCCAUCCCCUUCUCUGCCAGCAAGGCCAGCCCGCGGGUGUGGAGCGUCAGCCAGUCUAUGGGGAGUGACUACCAGAGGCCGUGGGUGAAGGUGCUGCCUCUCAGCCUGCUGUGCAGCGGGCUGUUGCUGUGGUGUGCGUUUAGGGAAAAAACGGAGAUUGACGACCGACUGGAAGCCCUGUUAUCUGGUCAGAUCGUGGACCCUUUAAAUGCGGCCCAACAAAGCAGUGCUCCUUCGCAGCUACAGAAGGAGAGAUGAUGAGUGCCUGUCGUGAAGGAGCUGCCAAAAGUUCGGCUGCUUAAAGGCUGCUCCCACACUGGAUUUGGAAAAUGUGUGUUUCCGUCCGACCACCAGCCUUAUCUUGCAAACGGGAUUUAUUUAUCUUGCUGCUUUUUGUUUGUCCUUCCUUAGCAAUUUACAGCGAGAGCAGAAGGGAUGGUCCUUUUCUGCAUUGUGUGGCAGGGAUGGGCAGGAUGUAUUGCAAACCAGUGUGUAUUUGUAGAUAUGUUGUGUUCAACUCGUUUUUUUCCAUGGAUGUUUUUUUUUCUUGGUUGUACAGCGUAUUAAAGAUCAAAGCUGUCUGUCUGUAACUUGGUUGCUGAAGGUGACCUUCGGCUGACACUGCUGGUGUGGAGUGCAUGGAGUGCAUUCACAUAAUACUGAGCACAAGUGUAUUAAUGUAUGAUUGAUUCAUGUUCGGAUUACUUUGUAAUUCUACUAAAUAACGUAUAAUUUACUUAAUGCACAGUUAGUGCUUGUUUCUGCAGCAUAACCUGUUAGACGUGCCUGACUUCAACGGCCAUUGCUUAGGUGGGAGUUUUACAGGAGCUGUAAGUGAUGGACCUGCGUCGCAGGGGGGAGGGAGCUCCUAAUUCUGCAGAACAGCAUAGUAUGUAUUUUUUAUCUACAUUUGCGGAUACUCAAAACUUGCCCAUUCUGGAGCCUUGCCUGAGAGAGGAAGCAAAGCACACUGGUGUGACUUUCAAGUUAGGUGUAUUUUUUUUUUUUUAGGCUUUGCUCUGUAAAGAUGCAAAACUUCUGUGCGAUUGAAGUCCUUCAUUAAAAAUCAAACAUCCCCACAGCACAGCAGCAGGGGGUAACACCCAGUAACUGAGCAGAAGACUACCAAGCACUGCUUUCUCAGAGGAAGUAAAGCGUUCUCCUUUUGCGCGUGCGAUGCGCGUCGUCGUAGACCUAUACGAAGGCGUGAUGGAACUUUUAACUACAGUCCCGAUGUUUAUUGUACAAAAUAUGAUGAGACUACAGGAAUCUGCCCAGAUGGAGAUGAGUGCUCAAUCAGUGGUUCAGGCGUGACUCAGAAGUUCCCAUACACCAUUUAUCUUGAUUGAGUGUUUUAAAAUUCCUAAAAGAAAGAAACUUGCAUCUUAGAAAUCAUAAGAAGUAUCAAUUCUUGGAAGUCAGUUCAAGCUACAGUUGCCCUUACCUACAUCGAACAACAGGAGAUACAGAAAGGAAAUACCAUCUCAGAUAUUACAAGACUGGAACAUGCAUUCAUGAAACAGAUGCCCGGGGUCACUGCGUGAAGAAUGGGAUUCACUGCGCCUUUGCUCAUGGGCCGCAUGACCUUAGACCUCCAGUAUAUGACAUAAGAGAACUUCAGGCACAGGAAACUUUACAGAAUGGGCAGCUAGGAUGUGGUGAAGGCAUUCCAGAUCUGCAACCAGGGAAUUUAGCAAGUCAAGCAAUGAUUGAGAAGAUCCUUAGUGAAGAUCCAAGAUGGCAGGACACAAAUUUUGUACUGGCUGGCUACAAGACAGAGCAAUGCACAAAGCCACCCAGACUCUGCCGCCAGGGCUACGCAUGUCCGCACUAUCACAACAGCCGAGAUAGAAGACGGAAUCCCAGAACAUUCAAAUACAGGUCUACUCCUUGCCCCAGUGUAAAACAUGCAGAUGAAUGGGGUGAACCUUCAAGGUGUGAAAGUGGGGAUAGCUGUCAAUACUGUCAUUCUCGUACAGAGCAGCAGUUUCAUCCCGAGAUAUAUAAAUCUACAAAGUGCAAUGAUAUGCGCCAGACAGGUUACUGCCCUCGCGGCCCAUUUUGUGCAUUUGCACAUGGUGAAAUCAAGCCAGGUGCUCACCUGUUUUCAACAGACAGCAUAGGAAUCACAAAUGAAUGGAGCAGCAGUGUUAAUGCCACAAACAGCCUUACAAGUAACAGUGGGCAGUCUGGAAAUAUUUCCUGUUCUUCAAGUCCACCUGUAACAUCAAGUUCUGGUAGCAGUAGUUCUUUGUCACCCCUUGGACCUCUUUGUAGACAGAGAUCAUUAGCAAACGGUGUUUUGUGUUCUGAGUCUAGCACUUCAGGUGUUUCUUCACCAACAUCCAGCUAUCCUAAGGCACCAGGUUUUGAACGAGAAGAUCAGGCAAAGCAGCGAAGCUUCUCAGCUGAGAAUCAGCAGAAAAAAAAUGAACCAGACACCAAGCAGAACCAUCUCAGUGUUUUUUCAGUGGUUAACCCACUUGCUUCAAGUAUUACUUCUAGUCUGGCCUCCAGUGUUGGAUCAGACAGUUCAUCUCCUACAACUGUCUCUAUUAUCAGUACCCAAACUCUCCCAUUCUAUUCUGCUGGUAACACAGUUGAAUCAGUUAUAGGUUCAGCUUUAGAUAUACAUUUCAACGGUGUGAAUGUUGCCUCCAUAAAUAGAGAGUUGGAAGAUCAAGAAGGCAGUGACCUUGGAUUAGCAAGUAAAAGAUUACUGGAAAGCUCAGCACCUGUCAAUAUUCCAGGUUCUCUUGUUCGUUCCUCCUCUUUACAUUCAUCAUCAUCCCUUUCAACCUCUCCACUCAAUUCUCUUUCACAAUCACUUUCUCAGUCUUUUGUUUCAUCCACUAUGGUCCCUCACCACCAGCAGCCUCAGCCUUUGAAGUCAGAACAGAAUAUAUUAGGCACCUCCGCCUCUUCUCACAACUCUUUAGGUUUAAAUGGUGUUACAGGGAGCAUGUGGGACUUUGUAAGUGGGAAUUUCUCUCCCAGCCCAUCCCCAGUUCUAAGCAGUGGCACUGCCCCCUCAGUAAGUUCAAACAGCAGUGGGAAUGAACUAACUCGAGUUAGACAGGAACUUGAUGAUGCCAAGAGAAAACUAAAACAAUGGGAAGAAUCGUGGCAACAAGUGAAACAGGCAUGUGAUGCAUGGCAGAAAGAGGCUCAAGAAGCAAAUGAACGUGCUGACGUUGCAUCUGCUGACAAACAACUUGCUCUUCAGAAGAAGGAAGCAGUGGAAAAUAAAUUAAAAAAGCUGAAGGUGCAAUUAGCUGCCUGCCUAUCUACUUCAUUACCUUACAUGGAAAACUAUGGAGACAUAGAAAAAAUAUCCUUGCCAAAGCUUCGCUCCUUACAAAGCCGGCUGCACUUAGAUUUAGGAACAAUAGAUGAGGUGAUUUUUCAGCUUCAGUCAAAGAAGUGUAUAGUGUGUCAAGAAGGUGAUCGUAGCAUUGUCCUGAAUCCAUGUCAACAUUACAUACUUUGUGAUCACUGUGCAGCUAAGCAAGAAGAAUGUCCCUGCUGCAAGAAAAAAAGUAAUCUGUGGUAACAUACAGGCAUGGUACUCGUAUCAUGUUAAUGAAUGAAAUAUAUUUUAUGCUUUUGUAUUUUGUAUAAAAAUUAUAUAAAUCACUGAUAAUUAGUCCGUUUAAUAGUGCUAGACUGAUUUCAAUUUUGAUGUGAGAAACUCAGUUGCUUUUCUUGCUCACCUUUACAAUCAGUAAUUAAUAUCAAAUUAAUUAAUAAUUAAUAUCAAUAUCAGCCAUUCAGUGAGCUUCUAUUAGUCUUGAGGUUCGUUCAUUCCAGCCCAAUCCCAUCCCAGUCUUUUCCAACUCCCGCCCACAUUACAAAGUGCACAACAUAUUUAGGUUCAUUUGCACUGUAAUGGUUUUGUAGAAUUCUUACCACGAUGAAUGGUACUCACAGCUGUUAUUGCCAUGAGCAGAAGGUGGAUGCACAGGUGCAGUGAGUACGCACUGAGCAGUACGAAUGGUCCCUGAGCCACGUCUGUUCUGUGUGCUGUGCCAGGGCCAGUAUUUGGGAAUUGGUCUAACACUAUGUUUACUUUGCUGUUUGAAAAACUAUGAUUAUUAUAAAAGCACUUUUUAAUUAUUUUUUGUUGUUGUUGUUGGAGGAUAUAUUGUAAAUGGCUUCAAGCUGCUUUCUUGGUCUUAAGCUUAUUUUUUAAUACACAAUAAUAUGAUGCUUUAUAUGUGUACUGUGAAUUUCAAAUAUUUCAUAUGGUUUUACUGUUAAAUCAUAAUAAGAUUAAAUAGAUGUGAAAACUUACCUAGAUUUUUUACAAUUUAUAAGUUAACUGCAUACUACGAUAUUUAUAAAUGUACCAGUGGAAAGAAAAACAGGCACAUCUGCUUUCGUAUUUCAAGACAUGUUUUAAACUUGGUGGAACGGAUCACUGUUAGUAAAGUGCUGUGCAUUUGCAUAUUUCUCUUGGUUUCCAUAUUUGUAGUCUUAAACUUUUUGUACCUUAUCUAACUUGCGUGGUACUUGUUGGGAGCAGACACACGUAAUAACUUUUACCAAGUGCCUAUGCCAAAUACCCUAAAAAAUAGCAGAAGACAUAAAAAGAGGAUUUUGCAGUUAAGUUCUAUUGCUUAGUUUUGUGUCAUACAAUGUGAUGAUACGAGGAUAUGUCUCUUGCUUUUAUAAAUAUUUUGAAGUAAGUGUUUUCACUAAUGAGGUAACACAUGGAAGGAGCUGCAAAAUGACUUUGUGUCAUCAGGCACUUUGACACGGUGAUUCUUUUAAAAGGCAGUAACGUACUUCAUCCUGGUUGUUGGGAAUGUGCAAUUUAGGAGGAGAAGUUAAUUAAUUCUUGAUGUUAACACUGUCCAUGUUUGGUUUCCUUGCAAGGAAUAACUGCCUGUUAUUCCUUCUUUGUUAAAUCCAUGUGAGAUGCUCGUACAGCUUACACUGAAUGACCUCCUACUGUGUUACAUGAUUUGUGUCUCUGUGUUGAUGUAUUCAGUACAAGAAGUGAGCUCACAGGCAGAGAAGAGUUAAUCUAUUUAAAGUUCUUUCAUGUUGAAACAAAGAGCAAAGUGUGUACUGAAAUCCUUAUUGUUGAAACAGCUUCAAUGACGGUGUCUGUGUGGGGUUUUGUGAUCGUUAUUUGAAGAUGUGAGUCAGCGAAAAACCAAACCGUGGCACACCUCUGUGAUAAUGAAAUGUACACUGCUGCUUUCCUAAGGCACGUCGGUUUGUAGGAAUGUUGGAGCCCUUUCGAAAAGGGGGAAGGAAGUUAAAGUAUUAAAUAUAUUUUUACUUAUUCCUAUUUCAGAAACUUUUUGAAGAUCAUAGUGGUCCAUUUUAAAUAAAGAUCGAAGUUGGGUUUAAAAUGUGA